CAGCAGCUCUUCACUCCUCCCUCCCCACUUCAAGAGGAUAUAGAAACCUGCUGGAGUUCUUCUCUUUCUCCUCCAAAGGAUCUCUGGACUUCUUUGUCGCGCAACAGAAAAAUGGCCUUGUCACUGAAAAGCUCUGCUCUCUUGCUGGUUGUUGUGGCAGCAGUUUGCUUAGGGCUCUGUCAAGCUCAUGAAUUACCUGGACGUUGCUCUUGUCCCAACACAAUCAAGUUCAUUAAAGGCAACAUGUCAGAUUUCCAAGUCCUUGAAAAGCGGCCUGGAUGUGACAAAACUGAAUUAAUUGUAACCAUGAGUGGGUCGAACAACUCCACUGAGAAAAUCUGUAUGAACACCGAGGGAAAGAUGGCCAAGGCUUUUUUGAGAUGCUGGGAAAGGAUAAACAAAGAUGAGAGCCGUAAGAUGGAGUGUAUUGAAAGAAAGAAAAGGGCAGAGUGAAAGGACAAGUGAGGGGAGGCCUGACUGGGGAGGAAAGUUAUCCGGACUGGAGUCCCGGAGGUCACAUGAAGACACACAAGCCCAAUAAUUCUGAGAGCAGAGCUUUCACUGAAGUCCUGCGCUGGAAAGGAUUGGGAAAUGACAGUUACAAGGGAAGAGUGGUGGGAGGGGAGAUGCUUAACAGCUGGGAGGCAGGAAGGGGAGAGAAUGGAGUAAAGAAACCAGGUUAUGGAAGUCAGAGAUAGAUAACAUAAAUAUAUAUAUACUGUACUAUAGCAGCAAGUCUGUGUAAGAAAGCCACUGUUGAAUUGCACACACCUUCAUUUUCUGUAUGAUAUACAACUAUUUAUGUUGACUUAUUUAUUGUAAAAAUAAAAAGGAUUUUGAUAUGA